GAAAAGGAAAGAGAAAACGCGGCUGCUUCACCACAACAAAACCAGUCUCUCUGCUAAUCAAUUCCCAGCUCUGGAGAUCGCAUCAAAGGAUCCUUUUCCGAAUGGUCUUCAAAUCCAACGGUCAUGAUUGCGGAUCAUCCGGGUAUAUAGUUUGAUUUGGAAUUAUUUGAUUACCUUGGGUUGGUUAUUGGGGGUUGGUGAUAUCCACGGGGUUUGUGAUUGGGUCCGAUCUCGAUCGGUUGAGGAAAAUUCCUUGGUGGGUUUUGGAUUCUGAGAAAUGGGUCGGAGGGAUUCUUGGGUUGUGAUGUGGGAUUGUGGAGAGCUGGAGUGGGUAUGAGGGUUUGAAAGGUGGGAUUUUUUUUUGAUGAUUUCGGUGGGGAGUAGGGAUGGGAGGAAGGGGUUAGGGCUAGGGCUAGGGUUUGGUGUUGGAAGAGAGAUGGAAGACACUGCCGAGCUUGAAGAAGGUGAGGCUUAUUAUUAUAAGGAUGGCGAUGAUGAUGAUGGUGCGAGCAUCGACCCUGAUGUUGCUCUCUCUUACAUCGAUGAGAAACUCCAAGAUGUUCUGGGGCACUUUCAAAAGGAUUUUGAAGGCGGCGUCUCAGCAGAGAAUUUGGGGGCAAAAUUUGGUGGGUAUGGUUCAUUUUUACCUACUUAUCAGCGUUCUCCUGUUUGGUCCCAGCCGAGGACGCCAGCAAAGGUUCAAAACUGCAACACACCCAGAUCCCCAAAUAAUUUGUUGGUGGAGGGUGGCCGUCAUAGCUCUGCCGUUUCUUCAAGUGCACCUUCAUCGGUGAAGCUUGGAGCUACUUCUGCUAGUGCUGGAGCGCUGCCUGCUUUAAAGGCAACAUCUAUGAGUGAUUCAGUCAAACGAGAUGCAUACAUUGCAUCUACUCGUGCUGAGGAAUUCACUUCCAGGGAAUCAGCAAAUAAGUCUGCAAAUCAGCCAGAUCAGAAAACAUUGAAAGUUCGAAUUAAAGUGGGUUCCGAUAACUUGUCUGCACGGAAAAAUGCAGAAAUUUACAGUGGUCUUGGUCUUGAUGGCUCUCCAUCUUCAUCAUUGGAAAACAGUCUAUCAGAAAGUGAUGAGCUGUCUCGUGACCCUCAAGAUGGCCCAGAUGAAUCUCCUACUAGUAUUCUUCAGAUCAUGACAUCAUUUCCAUUGCUUGGGGACCUGCUGCUAUCACCUCUUCCUGAUGAUCUAAUUCACUUGACUGAAAAGGAAAGGCUUUUCAGGGACACCAAAUCUGGGCCUGUCCACAAGAGCAGCCGAGAAAGUUCGGUCAUGUUUGGAUCUGAUUCUGUAAGGAGUGAUGGAAAAGUGUCAGGAGAGAAAAAAACAAAAUCAGUGGAGAAAAGUAGUUUUUCAGUGGAUAUGAAGAAUGGCAGUAGCAAGGAAGGUCAAAAUGGUGUUGGUGUGAUUCCGAAGAAGGAAAUGGACUUUGAUGCUUUGGCUUGCGAAGAGCUAGUUUCUAAUGCACUGAAGCUUCCACUUUUAUCAAAUGCAUUUGGUGACUCAACCAAAGGUACUGGUAGAGCAUCUGACAUAUUGAGGGAAUCUAACAAGGGUGUAGUCAGGGACAAAUUGUUCUCUGAUACUGUGCAAGAGGAACUCUUGGAGCCAAUAGCCAACCAGGAGGUUGGUUGGGUUGACAAGCCAAAUGGAAAGGUUAGUUCAUCUUUGAAGGUUUGGGAAGAUAAAAAGGCAAAUUCUUUUAAUGAUGUGUCUGUUUGCCUGAGGAAAGAUGGCAAUCGCAAAGGGGAAAAGACUUAUAAUUCAAUCAAAGCUGACUCAAAUGCCUCUAAAGAGGGUAAAGUGCUAAACGCCGAACUCAUAGAUCCUCCAAAGCUGAAGGCUGGUCAGAAAGCCACACCUUAUGAACAAGAUAGUGUGAAAUUAUCUUCUGGAAAGGAGCACACAUCUUCUGGAGCAAAAAAGAAGUCAAAGGGAAGUCAAAAUCAUGGCACCCAAGCUGGCUCUUCAAAUUCUGGAAAGAUUGGUUCUUCGUCGAUCCACAAGAAUAAGAAAAGCAGCCUUGUUGACAAUUAUACACCAAAAAGUGAAUUGGAAGACUCAAAAUUGCGGAAGGAGUUUGGAAAGCCGAAGGAUAGAUAUAAAGAUUUCUUUGGGGAUAUUAAUUUAGAACAGGAAGAGAAUGGAAUCGAUUCAUUGGAAAUGCCUUCUGAUGAUAGGUUGAAGGAAUCUGACAUGGUUGAAAAAAGCACAUCUGCAUUAAACAAUGCACUGAAGGAGAGAUCAAGUGGGAAGAAAAUUUGGAAGCCACCUACAUCAGGAGCGUAUCCAAAAGCAGCUACAAAUACACUUCCUCCAACUGGAAAUGGGCCAAAUUCUAAUGCAGCUCCUGCAGCAGUAGCACCUGUAGUUAUAGAAGAAAAUUGGGUUUGUUGUGACAAGUGUCAGAAAUGGCGGCUGCUCCCAAUUGGUAUAAAUCCCGAUCACCUCCCUGAGAAGUGGCUGUGUAGCAUGCUUAGUUGGCUGCCUGGAAUGAAUCGUUGUAGUAUCAGUGAAGAGGAGACAACAAAAGCUCUUAUUGCACUUUACCAAGCCCCUGCUCCUGAGAGUCAACAUAAUCUGCAGAGUCGUGCUGAUAGUGUUGUAUCAGGAGUAACCCUGGCUGGCAUUGGGCACCCCGAACAAAAUCACCAAAUCCUUGGUUCCAAUACCAUGCUUAGUAGUGGAAAGAGGAAGCAUGGAUCAAAGGAAAUAUCAAAUGCAACCAACCAUGAUGGCCCCACACAGUUUUCAAACUCUCUGAGGAAGAACCUGCAGACAUCUGUUAAAAGCAGAAGUUUAAACGAUGUGAACCAGUCUCCUCUAGCGAAUGAACUUGAUUUUCAGCAUCUGAGCAAGUCUAGUGACUUAGCUUUGGAGAAACAGAGAGUUAAGCAGAAAGAGAAGCACAAACCACUUGAAUGCUAUUCUGAUGGAGGUGAUACCAAGAACUCAAAGAUGAAAAACAAAAGCGGAACUGAUCAAGAUUGUGUUAGAGCCUCUAAGAAAAUCAAGAUAGAGGGUAUGCAUUCUACUGAUGAGGAUUGGACAUCUGAUCACGGUGGAACCAAUGGAAAGGUGCAUCUGAGCUCAAGCAAUGGUUUGCCAGCUAACGUGGUGUCAAACAAUCAUUUCAAACACAGUGAACGCACUUCUUCUAAGGACACAAAGUAUGAAGCAAAGGACAACAUACAAGUUACUCUUAGAAAACCAAAAGAACAAGUCCGGGUUUCGUCAGAUGAUGGGUCACUGAAUGUGGGAAAGUAUGACAGUAGAGAUAUUGUUGCAAAAAAGAGGAAAGUGAAGGAGUGUCAAGAUACUGAAAUUUAUUCCAGUUCCCUCCCAAGCACAGGACAUCAUCUCGAGGACAGUGGAGCUUUUGUAAAAGAGGAGUUCAGCGAGAGUGACCACAGAAAGGAAAAGAAAGCAAGGGUAUCUAAGUCUGAGGGGAAAGAGUUUAUUGCAAGUAAAUCCAGUGGUAGAACAGAUAAAAAAGUCAGUAGUAUGAGGACCCAGCAGCAGGGUCAAGAUCUUGGCAGUGUUCUGUCUCAGCGGAGCUUGGAUGGUGUGGAUUCUUUGAAAAGGGAUUUGGGUUCUGUACAGCCUUCGGUCGCUGUGGCAGCUACUUCAAGCUCUUCUAAGGUUUCUGGCUCCCAUAAAACCAAAACCAACUUCCAGGAAGUGAGAGGUUCACCAGUGGAAUCAGUUUCUUCAUCACCACUAAGGAUUUCAAAUCCAGAGAAGCACACAUCUGUGAGACGAAACCUCAUGGGGAAAGAUGAUUCUCGGGAUGUUGGUUUUUUUGCCAUGAGUCCAAGAAGAUGCUCAGAUGGUGAAGAUGAUGGUGGGAGUGAGCGAUCUGGAGCAAUGAGGAAGAACAAAAUUUUCACUGUCACUCAUCGUGGAUCACUGGACUCCUCUGUACUUGAUUUCCAAGAGAGGGAUUUUAGUCACUUGUCAGGUAGUAAAGCACAAGUUCAGCCUGUCCCUUCUCCAGAAUUCACAAAUCGCCAUUUUCUGGAUGCUGGAGCUGAUACCUUGGGCCAAGUUCCUCGUUAUCCUAGUGAACCACAGGCUUCAGAUCGAGGUCGCAAUGAAGAGAGAAAAGACAACAACCAUUACCGUGCUAAUGGGUCUCGUCCUAAGAAGUCAGGAAAAGGGUCCUCUUCACGAUCCAAGGACAAGAACCGAAGUUUUAAAUCUACGUGUGAUGAGGAUAAGAUCAAGAUCUCUGAUUCUUUUAAUGAAUCCCAGAAUCACAUGCCUUCCUAUGAAGAAAAACCAAGGGAUGCAAAAAACAAGUUUCAGGAGAAGUUUGGGAGCAAAUCUGAUAGGGUUGAGAAAAAUCCUGUUAGUAAGAAAGAUUCUACUGGAAAAUUUUCAACUGAGACUAGUAAAAAGGAUAAUCAUGCGAAAUUUGGAGGGCAUGAUAGUCAUGAUGUUAAAGUGGAGGCUACCUGUGGCCAGGAUGAAAUGUCCACUCCAAAACAGGAUCUGCUGCAGGAGUGUGAUGGUGAAAGGACCUCAAAGAGGAUCCUUUCUGAAAAAACUGAUAGAGUGGAAAUAGUCUCUGGGAGAGGGAAGUUACUACCAUUACCACCCUCUGGAGCUCAAAAUGAGAUGUUGGCUCAUGGCUCCCGACCAACUCCAGGAUCGCACAAAGGAAAUGGAGCAGACAAUUUGUCAGUUGAUGCUUCUGAAGGUGAUGAGGCGUUGAAGGUAUCAAAACAGAUUAGGAAGACUGAUAACCAGAAUGGAUCUCUGCACACUAGUUCUAGACAUCCCACACCUAAUGGGCACAGAAUCCGGGACCCUGAUGCCCCAAGUCCAGUUAGAAGGGAUUCGUCUAGCCAGGCUGCUACCAAUGCUGUGAAAGAAGCCAAGGAUCUUAAACACCUGGCUGAUCGACUCAAGCAUUCUGGUUCGAAUCUUGAGAGCAUGGGGUUUUAUUUCCAGGCUGCCCUGAAGUUUCUUCAUGGAGCCUCUCUAUUAGAAUCCAGCAACAGUGAGAAUGCUAAACAUGAGAUGAUUCAAUCGAUGCAAAUGUACAGUAGCACUGCAAAGUUAUGCGAGUAUUGUGCUCAUGAAUAUGAGAAAAACAAAGACAUGGCUGCUGCUGCUCUAGCCUACAAGUGCGUGGAGGUGGCAUACAUGAGGGUUAUCUAUUCCUCCCAUAAUGGUGCAAGCCGAGAUCGACAUGAAUUGCAGACGGCUCUACAAAUGGUUCCUCCAGGUGAGUCUCCUUCUUCAUCCGCAUCUGAUGUUGAUAACUUAAACCACCCUGUAGCGGUGGACAAGGUUGCUUUUGCAAAGGGUGUUGGUUCUCCUCAAGUUGCUGGAAACCAUGUUAUAGCUGCCCGAAACCGUCCCAACUUUGUACGGCUGCUCAAUUUUGCAAAUGAUGUAAAUUCUGCAAUGGAAGCUUCAAGGAAAUCACGGCUUGCUUUUGCAGCUGCUAAUGCAAACCUGGAAGAGACUCAACACAAGGAAGGCAUCUCUUCCAUUAAACAGGCUCUUGAUUAUAACUUCCAUGAUGUAGAGGGAUUACUACGUCUGGUACGGCUUGCCAUGGAGGCCAUUAGCCGUUAAAAGCUCCUGCGCUAGUAGAAAUGAUGUCAAACCUGAGAUGAUAUUUGGUUUGGUUUGAUUUGUUUCCUUGGAUAUUGCGCCUCUAUGGUGGGUACAAAGAAGCCAAACUGGAUCUCUCAAUUGCACUACACGAUACUUCAGUUAAGAGACAGAUCAUUGCCAGCUCAGUGCUCUCUGUACAUGUGUAGAAUACAAGUUGAUUUUUUGUUUCAGUAUACUCUUUCUGUGGAUUCAGAUGCUCUCUGGUUUGGAUAAGGGCCAAACAUUUGGAAUGACAAUAUUUUGAUUGAUACUGGGGGAAUAUGAUUCUUUUUUAGCAAGGCUUCUGUUGAAAAUAGUGGGAGCUGGUUGAGAAAUCGGGAUAUAUGGCCAUCAGGAUUGUGUCUGAAGUGGGAAAAAAGUUCAUGUGAAUUCCAAAAGCCUAAAGUUAGAUCGGCUUGGGGAGGUUAAUACUGAUGCCCUUUGCUUGCUGUCUUCUGGGCUUUCCUCCAUGAGGGAGUUUUAAGUUCUGCUGUCCAGUUAUUUUUUGUAUUUUUAAAAUCUCUUGGGAUGAUACUUGAGGAUGAGAGUUGCGUGAAUCCGUCGAGCUCACUUUUACCAGUGAAGACUGCACAAACUUUUCUGGUUCAAGCACCAAGUAAAGUAUCUGGUUGUUUUCUACGGCUUCUGUUAUUGCAGUUCCGAAAUUUACCGUUUGUUGUUGAUAGAGACAAGUAGAAUGUAGUUAACAAAAAAAAAAUACAGAGUUAAAAAGAGAUUAUAGUCUGCUUGCUGACCACUGAUGGGGCUGCCUGAUUUAUUCUUCCCUGAGUGGCCAGCAAUGUACAUAUACGUUUGAUUGAGUUGAACUUCAAGGCAGGAAUAGUACAAGUUUUAAUUCUUUAUCAAGGGGUCACACUGCACCUUAACCUUGUAGGUGCGGGGAUCUAACAGGUUGAGUAAUGGGACGACUAUGGCGGCAGCAUCAGCAUCAGCUAGUAAAUAAAUGGAUUGGAUGGAUUUUUCACUCUUUUUUUUUUUUUUUUUCCAUUUCUUUUUUGCUAAUCCCCUUUUUCUAUUUAACCCUAUUUUUUGAAAUUGUUACAACAUUCUAUUCUCAAUGAGAUUUUGAUCCCGCCCUGACCUUGCCUAUCAUAUACAUGUAUUAGCAGGAGAAACAUUUGAUCAAUCUUGAAAAUAAAAUUCUGAAAUCGUUUUUAUUAAA